GGCCUGGCGCUACAAGAGCCCUAAAAGUAAAGCUUCGCCAGGAAGUGUUCGCUGCCUGUUUAUUUACGAAUCGCGGGACGGCGGUGGUCAUGAAACGACAGGCAGUGUUCCUGACCAUUGUGUUCGCUCGCUUCCUUUCGGCCGGGAAUGUGCCCAAAUUAAACUUUUGUGAUGCGUCGACACUUGCCCCUUAUUUCGGCACGAAGACUAGAUAUGAAGAGGUGAAUCCACACUUACUGGUAGACGUACGGAAUAUCAAUAGCUCAGUUUUAGAGCUGCCCUAUAAGCAAUGCACGCCAGUGUACAUGAACGCCGUUAUCCGUCAUGGCACCCGCUACCCCACCGCCAAAAACAUUAAAAAGAUGGAUCAGAUAUACCAGCUGGUGAUGAAUAAGGCACAGGACCCAGGACAGGGCUGGGUAGAGAAAAUCAAAAAAUGGGAGAUGUGGUAUAACGACAGUAUGGACGGUCAGCUGGCAGAAAAAGGCAAGGAUGACCUUCGAAACCUGGCGUUCAGGAUGGCGAGCGCCUUUCCGACCCUCUUCACGAAGAAGGCUUUCAAUGGCUGUCACCUGCAGUUCAUCACCAGCUCCAAGCACCGGUGUGUAGACAGCACUGUAGCCUACAUCACGGGCUUGGCGAGAGACUACUUCGAAGGGACUGCAGAGGAAGAAGUGAACUGUAAACCUGAAGUAAAUGAUGAACUCAUGAGGUUCUUUGAGCACUGCAGGAAGUUUGUGGUUGAUAUAGAAGAAAACAAGACAGCUUUGAUGGAGGUCGAUCUGUUUAAAUCAAAGCCUGAGAUGAUGAGUGUCCUGGAGAAAAUGUCUGAACGACUACAGAUUCCAAGCAGUGACCUUACACCUGAUUUGGUUGAGGCUGCAUUUCUUAUGUGUUCUUAUGACCUAGCAGUCAAGAAUAUAGACUCUCCCUGGUGCAGUUUGUUUGACAAAGAUGAUGCUAAGAUUCUAGAAUACUCCAGUGACUUAAAGCAAUUUUGGAAGAGAGGCUAUGGUCAUGAAAUUAACAGCAAGUCCAGCUGCAAACUGUUUCAUGAUAUUUUCAAGCAUUUAGAACAAGCACAUAAUGAAAGCAGCAGGAAUGAUCCAAUUUCAUUUCCAGUUACAGUUCAAGUAGGCCAUGCAGAGACCCUGCUUCCACUGAUGUCACUCAUGGGCUUUUUCAAGGACAGUACUCCGCUGACAGCUGAUAACUUUGCCCAGCAGAAAGAACGCUUGUUCAGGACAAGUUUCAUUGUGCCAUAUGCGUCCAACUUGGUCUUCAUUCUGUACCACUGUGAACAAAGUUAUCGUGUGCAGCUUUUGCUCAAUGAGAAGCCCCUUCUUUUCCCUAAUUUGGAUGAUCCAGCUCCCCUGUACUCUGAUGUUAAGAAUCUGUACAAGGAUCUGCUUGAGGGCUGCGACUUUGCACAGGAGUGCCACCUUCCUGUGAAACCAAAAAUCAUUACUGAAGAAAAAUUUGGACAUGAGUUGUAAACCAAGUAUUAUGCGAGGGGGUUAUGCAUUGUGAGGAAAGAGUGCUUCUUUUUAUAAUUUAAAUGUAAUGUUAAAAAGACAUGGAGAGGGCACAGUAAUCACUGAUUUUUAAAUACACUUGGCAUUAUUGUAUUUAAAGGAUGGGUACGAGCAUCACUGAGUCCAGAGUUCAAAAUUCCCUACAGAAACAUUUCAUAUUCGGACCAAUAAACCACAUCUAUCACCCUUUGUUUAUCUCAAAUACUCAGAUUCUUUGUGAAUGCAGUUUGUUAAAAGAAUACAUUUAUCUAAGAAAUUUAAUUCUCAACCCAUCUUAAUCAAGUUUAGGGUUGCAGCAGGCUGCAACCUAUAAAUCUAUUUUAAUAAAAUAAGUCUCCAUUUUUUUUUCUUACAUUGUCACUUUAAAUACAAUCUUAAAAUGAUCAAACCUGGCUUUUAGUUAACACAGAAAAUGCCUUCCCCAGUUACUGAGUUAAGUGCUUAACACAUUUAGCAAACUUACAAAACAAACACAUAACUAUUGUCAGGUUACACCAAAUACAAUAAAUCACAACUGUCGUCAUUUCAAGUAGGUCUGAAAUAUACAUACUUUGCUUAAUUUGUGCCAUUUUCUUUGUAGCGUUUUGUAGCCAUUAAGGCAUUUUAGUCAAGUAAACUCUGUGAUAUGUGUGAAAGCCAGCUGACUGACCCAUCAUUCUUGUGAAAUUUGAUUUGAAGCGUCACUUUCCAGAAUUUCUAACAUCUAAUUGAAAAGAUUCUCUCAUUUCCCUAGUUUUUGUAGCCCUGUCCUUGUCUUAGUUGCCAAGUGCGUGCUAAGCCACUUAAGAUAAGUGGAAGUUCACGUCUUUAGCAUACUGCUGCAAUGUUUCCUUUCCUUGAUAAACAGUGUUAAAUCUGAAAUAUGAAGUGGUGGCACCAUUCCUUACUUGUUGAUUCCAUGCUGUUACAGAACAUUGUAUAUUUGCACUAAAAGAAGUGGUACUGCUGGAAUAGAAUUGUCUGAUCUUUUACAGUCAUGUGUCUGAAUCACUAUUUGAGUCUGAUUUCAAACAACAAAAAAAAAAGUUUGGAAAAGUUGUUUGAAUAAUUGGACCAGUCAAGUUCAAUUCAGUCAAUUGUGGGACCACGACAGACUGCUGAAACACAAGCAGAAAUGCCAGAGUUCUGCUUACGGUGAUACUUUUAUUGGCUUUUAAUACAACUUAAAAAGACAUGAUCAAGUGCACGUGAAACCAAAGUUGGUACAGAUACACAUCAACAAGAAUAAUGUGUAAUUGAAAGAUAACCAGACCAAAUCUAACUUUUAAUCAUUGCCGAAUUUUAAAAUGAAUCACUGCCAGUGAAGGUAGGUUAUACGUGAUCACUGACUGCAUCUCAGGCUGAAUGCACAUAUCGUGACUGUGCACUUAAACCUGUGCAGUCACUUUGUUUUUGUAUAAUUUUUUUUUUUUUAAGAAUCAUCAGGCUUUUCAGUUAAAAUGCCAUGGAUAGGGGAAAAAUGCUAACUAUUAGACAAUGGUGAGGGAGUUUGUGUUUAAAACAAACCAAGUGUGUGUAUGUGUGUGUGUAUUACAAAAUCUCAAGACUGGUGUAGAAAUUGUGAGGCAUUUGAAGUUCAGUUUAACAGUUUUCUGGAUUGUCUGAUUUGUAUUUUGCACAAGAGCCUUUCACUGCUCAACUGUCUGUUCUUCUUUGAAAAGAGGAUGUUGCAGUUGUUAAUGGUGGCAUUUUGUAAUAGUUUUACUACACCUUUUAAGCAAGAAAUAAAAUAAAGUAUUGAAGUGC